CUUUCUCAUAGUAAUACAAACAUAUCUGCAAUUUUAAACAAUGAUGAUUAUAAAAAUGAUAUGGAAAAUGAUAAUUAUCAAGAUUCAUAUAAAGAAAAUGAUGAUCAUCAAAAUUUAUUUGAAGAAAAUGAUCAAAAUUUACUUGAAGAAAAUGAUGAUCAUCAAAAUUUAUUUGAAGAAAAUAAAAAUAAUCAAGAUUCAUUUGAAGAAAAAGAUAAGUGUCAAAAUUCAUUUUCAGAAAAUAAUGAUUAUUACUAUUUAUCUAAAGAAAAUAAUGAUUAUUUUGAAAAUAAUAAUUAUUCAAAAUUAUUUAAAGCUAAUGAUUAUUUUUCUGAUGAAGAACCAAUUAAAUCAGAGUGUUCAAAAUUUGCAAAUAACAUUAAGCUCAAUAAUACAAAGUCUGAAGUUAUUGUAAUUAGUGAUUCUGAAUCAGAUAUUACUACCUAUGAAAAAGAAAAAUAG